AGGACACCCAUCUGCAAACAUAUUGGAGUUCGAUGCACUUCACUCUGUUAUUCCAAACCGUCAAUACCUAGUUUGUGUUAGGAAAUUCUGAAGAUCUUUUAUGCGACCAUGAAUUUUGAUAAGGUGUAUGCAGAAAGCAGAAAAAACUAAGGAAUAAUCUACAUAUAGAUAGAUAUGAAGGAAUUUCUCAACAUUUUGGCUUUUUACAUAAUAGGCGCUGGAAGCGUGCAGAUCCAAAGAAGACAUCAUCAAGAUGACAUGCUUUAUCUAUCCUAUGAAAAUGCAACGGUUCGGCAAGGAAAGACCUUGGCUAUUUCUUGCAGAGAUAGAUCUGGUCAGACAGUAUUUUGGCAGGGGCCUAGAGGCCCUCUGGGACCUUACACCAGGCCUAGAGUUAUGGACUCGUCGAUAGGAAAAUUACUUAUUUUCAAUAAUACCAAAAUGGAUGAAAUGGGGAACUAUACGUGUAGCAGCAUAGGACGGAGGAAUAGAAAAGUGUUUACUCUCACUGUGGAAGAUGGUGACCUGUCAUAUGAGGGUCUUGGAGAACAUACUUUCAUGAAUCAGAAAAUGAAGGUAUAUAGGAGUGAUGAGGAAAUAUAUCUAGAAAGUGGGGCUGUAGUGAACUUAACUUGUGAAGUGCCUAUAGGAUCGGCAAGGUUUCAAUGGUACAUCACAGAUAUGAACAACCGGACCCAUAGGAUAGAGAAUUUUGUCACUCUUAGCGACAGGCAGUCAAUUUUAGAGAUCGAAAAAACCCCAGCCCUUCGAGAGAUAUACAAAUGCAUCGCUUGGACUGACCAUCAGAAGCUAGUGAAGAGAUUCAUUCUUCACGUUGGUCAUAGAUCGGACACCAUCGUUACCGUUAGUUUGGUGAAUGUUACAAGUGACAGCCUAGGGUUAUUGGUAGAAACUGAAGAUGAACAAACUAUCCCUUUCCAUCUAUUGGUGCGGUACAGAAAAGUGGAUGAUGAACACUGGCAUAAUUUUAAAACCGAGGCGCAGAAUGGUAGCAUUUUUUUCCUUAAAGACCUUCAUCCAGCGACAAAAUAUGAGAUAAAGGUAUCUCAUCCAAACCCAGCAGAUGCAGAAAUGGUGUCCAAUAGCAUCUUUUAUGAAACACUAGCUAAUAAGAAUGUGAAACACUUAGCGUCUAUUUCUGUGUUGAGUUUCGCCUAUUUAGUACAUAUAAUAUAUCACUAUGUCGUAACUGUUUUAUUGUAAUUUAAUAGAACAUUCUUUAGAUAGUGAUGUUGCUAUAUUAACUAGGUAAUAAUGUGCAAUAAUGUCCACUGCAAUAAU